ACUUCCACCGUUAGAUCCGAGGGCAUCCAUAGUCAGAGGUGAAGCUUAUAUCGAUUGAAAAUAAUGCCCUAGCGAAAACCCGACACCGUCGAGAGCCAUUCCUUCCGACCUCCGAGCUCUGCAUUUCGCUUCCUCGCUUGUUGCCGAGGUUAAGAGCUAUUCGACUGCCGUCCUCCCGUCUCUUUCCCUUCAGCCACGAUUCUCUUCCUUCUUGCCACGAAGGCAAAGAGGAAUCGGGCAAGGCGAUUUUACGUAUAAACCAUCCGCUCUUACAUUUUGUUCUUUAGUCAAGAUUUUCUUUCUGUUUUCUGCGGAGGUAAAGAGGAGUCGGCGAGGGCGAUUCUACAUGUAAGGUUCAUAGAUUGAUGGAGAGGAGUUUGGGAUUGUUGAGAUAAAGCGUUUUAUUGGUGUUCGUCUUUGAGAAUGGGUUCGAAACUCGCAGAAAUUCAACCGAGGGAAACUCAAGUUUACAUGGAUUUGGAUAGAGAAGGCCUUAAUGAUGGAAGAGGUCUAGCAAGCCAUAGAAUAUUCUUGGAGUUUGAGAGGGUCUUGAAGGAGCUUGGUCGGAAAGUCACAGAAGAUUCACUAGUCUUGCUGCCGAAAUUGCUGUCAUUUUUAAAACAUGAUGAUCCUUUUGUUGUUAAACGAUCAAUAACCUCUGGAACAAGUUUAUUUUGUGCUGUUCUAGUUGAAAUAGCAGUCCAGCUUAAUAAAUCCGAUAGGCCUGAAAGGUGGCUCGAAAAAAUGUGGUCUUGGAUGCUACAAUUCAAGGAUGCAGUUUUUGGCAUUGUUUUGGAGCCUGGAUCUGUCGGAACAAAGGUGCUUGCUGUAAAAUUUCUUGAAACUUGCGUUUUAACCUUGACAUCUGAUGAGCAUGUAGGUGAUGCUCCUUAUGAGGAAGGAAAAGAGCGGGACUUCAAUGUCUCAUGGUUAAAGAAGGAUCAUCCUGUUUUUAACCCAGCAGCACUUGCGAUAGAAGCAAACAAUUCUCUUAAGCUCUUACUAGAUUUAUUGCGCUCAGCUGAUUCUCUUCAGGGUUCAUUGACAAUCGCUAUAAUGAACUGUCUUGCAACAAUUGCAAGGAAAAGGCCCCUUCACUACGAUGGCAUUUUGGCAGCCUUACUUGCUUUUACUCCAAAUGAUCAUACUUUAAAGGGUGGGCACGUUGCAAGUGUUAGAUAUUCACUGAGGACUGCUUUUUUAGGAUUCCUGAAGUGUAAUCAUCCAUCAGCUAUUGAGUCCAGGGACAAGCUAGUGAGGUGGUUACGUUCCAUAAGUCCUGGGGAAGCAGUAGAGCAAGUUAUUCGACAAGUCGAAAAAAUGUCAAGAAUGGAGCGCAUGUCUCGGGAUGUUCAAGUUAACAAGGAUGACGAAUUAUCGGGACAAAUAUCAACAUCUAAGGAUUCAGCUAGGAUAUGGUCUGGGACGCAGUUUGAUGACAUUUCUUCCAUUUCUGAGGAAAUGCCACAAAAGAAGAUGAGGUUUAGUUCAACUUAUAUCUCCAUUCAGCCUGUUGAUAAACCAUCUGAUAUGAUGGAUACUCCAGAUUCUGCAAGCGAUUUUCCUUUAAAAGAUGAUUUAUCUCCUGUUGAAAAGAUGAUUGCCAUGAUUGGUGCUCUGUUGGCAGAAGGGGAAAGAGGUUCCGAGUCCCUUGAAAUUCUCAUUUCAAAUAUUCAUGCAGAUCUCUUAGCUGAUAUAGUCUUAGAAACAAUGAAACAUUUACCAAAGAAUUCACUUUCCUCAUCUGGAAUCAACGGAAACUCACGUGUGAGUUCUCAGAUGUCUCCAAGAGGUUCUUUGUCACAUGAAGGACCUUCCUCUGGUACAGUACACGGCCAGCCUCCUAUUUCAUCCCAAAAUGAAUCAACUAAAUCAGUGUCUAGUGAAAUCACUAUGCCAACACUGGAUAUGCCUGCCCUUUCUAACAUUCUUGCCGACUUUAAGCGUGACCCUAGAAGGGAUCCUCGUCGGUUUGAUCCCCGUCUUGCUGUAGCAACAACUGUGCAGUCUUUACCAUUGAACUCUGAGAAAGAUAGUGACUCAAAAAUUGAUCUUUAUCAAUCUAAAAGUAAUCUGAUUUCUUCAUUGGAAGACAAGGCUGCAUGCCCUCUUUCUUCUUUUGCAUCAAAGGAUGAGGACAAACUCCUGGAUAGUACAGUUGAUUCUAAUACUAAUCAGUUAUCUUCCAAUGAAGCUUUAGAAGUUAAGGAUACUGUUAUGGAAGUAGAAUCAUUAACAGAGGCUCAAAUACCUCUCAAAUCACCAAUUUCCACUAUGCAUGCUGUUGAGCUAGAACUGUCAGUUUCUGUCCCUUCAGACGCUACUGUAAGUCAAAGUAUUGAUGAUAAUCCUUUGGAGCCGGAUCAAUAUUCUUCACCUGUGUCCACAACACUGACAUCUGAAGACGCUUCUCAUGAUUUACCCAUGCUUCCAGUUUAUGUUGAGUUAACAACUGAGCAGAAAAAGGAAUUAUCCAAAUUAGCGAUUGCAAGGAUUUUCAAAGAUUGCAAAAAAGUAUGCGCUGUUGCAACUGGUCAACCCUGGUUACCUUUGUUGGCCCGCCUAGUUGCUCAGAGUGAUGCUGAUGGUGAUAUGGUUUCAUUGUUGCAAAGUCAUAUCAUUUCAGAUUGUGAUCGUUUAAAGGGACAUGAGCUCACAAUGCUUGUGCUAUACCAUAUUCAUGCUAUUAUGAUAUCUGAAUCAAAUGAAAGUUCCAACAUUGCUGCGAGUAAUUAUGAGAAAUUUCUACUAUCUAGUGCAAAAGGCCUUAUUGAUUCAUUUUCAGCUUCAGAUAAGUCCUUUAGUAGACUUCUUGGAGAAGCUCCAUUUUUGCCCGACUCUGCAUUGAGAUUUUUGGAGGAUGUUUGCUACUCAAGUGUUUAUGAUCACCUUAAGAAAGAUGCUUUUGAUGGCGAUCGAGCUACUCAGGGUUUGGGUACUUUAUGGAGUCUAAUUUUGAGUCGUCCAUCUAAUCGUUUAGCUUGCUUGGAGAUUGCUUUGAAGUGUGCCGUUCAUGCUAAAGAGGAAGUUAGAACGAAAGCUGUUCGGCUGGUGGUAAAUAAGCUCUAUAUUCUGCAAUAUGCCUCAGAACACAUUGAAAGCUUUGCUAAAAAAAUGCUGUUAUCUGUUGUCAAUCAUCAAGUUUCAGAGGCAGAGUCCCAAUGUACCAGUUCUAGUGGACAGAGAACUGAAGUAUGUAAUCAUGAAUCAUCCUUUGGCGGUUCCCAGAAUUCUGAAAAUGGGGCUUCUGAAAGUGAAACCAUGAGAGACAACCCAGGUUAUUCACAAAAUGUUGUGUUGAUGUCCUCGUCUCAAGCUCAGCAGAAAACGUCAUUGUUUUUUGCUCUCUGUUCAAAGAAACCAAGUCUCUUUAAACUUAUUUUUGAUAUUUAUGGAAGAGCUCCAAAGGCUGUCAAGCAGGCCAUUCAUCGGCAUGUUCCCAUCCUUUUGAGAAAUGUAGGGGAAUCAUCAAAUGAGCUACAGCAUAUAAUUUCCAAUCCACCUGAAGGAUGUGAAAAUCUUAUUACUCUGGUGUUGCAAGUCAUCACUGAAGAAUCUACAGCUGAUGCUGAUCUAAUUACUGCUGUUAAGCAUUUAUAUGAGACUAGAAUGAAGGAUGCUGCUAUUUUGAUCCCAAUACUUUCUUCUCUUUCAAAAGAUGAGGUUUUGCCAAUAUUUCCAAGGCUGGUUGAUCUUUCAAUAGAGAAGUUUCAAGCUGCCUUAGCUUGCAUUCUUCAGGGUUCAGCACAUACAGGCCCAGCUUUAACCCCUGUUGAAGUAUUGAAUGCAAUUCAUGACAUCAAUCCUGAUAAGGAUGGGGUUGCUCUAAAGAAGAUAACGGAUGCUUGUACGGCUUGUUUUGAGCAACGAACAGUUUUCACCCAGCAAGUUCUAGAAAAAUCCUUGAACAGCUUGGUUGAUAGAGUGCCUCUUCCUCUGCUUUUGAUGAGAACAGUUAUUCAAACAAUUGACGCUUUCCCUAUUAUGGUUGAAUUCAUGAUGGGAAUUCUAUCUCGUUUGGUUAGUCGACAGAUUUGGAGGAUGCCAAAGCUAUGGGUUGGAUUUUUGAAAUGUGCUUCUCAGACAAUGCCGCAUUCAUUUAAUGUCCUGCUGCAGCUACCCACCCCACAACUUGAGGGUGCCUUAAAUAAAUAUCCUGAAAUGAGAAUUCCUCUAGCUAGUUUUGCCAAUCAGCCUAACAAUAGAAGCUUAUUGUCAAGGCAAACUCUUGGGAUACUAGGCCUCAGUCCUGAGCAAUAAUGAGCUACCAUGAAAUUGCAGUAUUUCACCCAUCAGAUUCGUGCUGUACUGACCGAUUUAAUAACCUGGCAAGACAGCUAUGAUUUGAACCAUGAAAAGUGCUUUUAAGUUCUCCAAAGAAUGUUCCAAGUGAGCUGCAAGGCAUGGAUGCAAUCAAUAGCUUGGUAUAGUCACCAGGUUUGCCAAGGAACCAUCAAUCAUCAGCACUGCCUUCUGAUUACAACCAUUCUAUGAGGCUCUACUCGGAAUAGUUUCCUUCAGUUAUUCCCCAUUCUGAUCAGAAUUUGAGGGAAUCCUCCAUUGGUGUUUACCAGUUGAUGUAUAUGUAUCAUUUUGUAAUGAUUGUUUCAAUUUUUCUUUUAGAAAUAGUUUGGUAUCUAUGAUUGAAUAUCUUAUAUUCUCCUUUUUUGUAUAGUAGCUAUCAUAGCCUGGUGCUUUGAGUCAGAGAAUAGGGCAUCUUUUUUAAUUGAGGAAUAUUGUAAACAGUGUAUGUCUGUGAUAAUUACACAAAGCCGAUGUUCAUUAGGCACAAAUGUACUAUUUCUUAGCCGGGCUGUGAUAGCUUGGAACUUAGUAAGAAAUGACUUGUGCAUUUUAGUAAGGAAUGGCUUUUGAAUCACUCGGAAACUUUUAUAAA